ACAGUAAAUGCGGAAGUAUCCCGUGGCCGAGCAGCCUGUUUUGUUGUGUUUGUUAUUAACGGCACAAAUACAUGAUUAUAACGCUACAGAUUCAUGUUUUAGUGUAAAUAAUAAUAAUAAUAAUAAUAAUAAUAAUAAUAAUAAUAAUCACCUGCACCAUGUCACAGGACCUGUGGUUACAGAAUUAUGAUGCCACAUGCAGACUCGCUCAGGAAGUUGCUGAGAACAUUCAGGAGAGGAACCGACUGCAGAGAACCGGUGGGAACCCGGCCAAGCUGAACAUGACCCUGCGAGCGUCUCUGCAGAAACUGAAGCAGAACAUCACACAGCUUAGAGAGACACUCGCUCGAGCCUCAUCCCAGCGCCGCAUCAUGCAGAGUGAAGCGGACCGGCGACAGAAUCUGGUGGAUGAUUUGGUGACGAGAGAGAAGCAGCUGUUCAGCUCUUUUAGCCGAGACUCGAGCGCACCGGAACCAUCACGGUCGGCAUUGUUGACAGGAGGAUUUGGGGCGGAGCCUGGACAGAAUCCAUGGCUGGUCAACGAAUCGGAGGAGACAAGAGGAUUAACGUUCAGCCAGAUCAAAGAGCAGCAGCAACGUAUCAUCCAGGCACAGGAUGAAGGGCUGGAUGUUUUAGCAGAUGUGAUCAGCAGACAGAAGCGAAUGGGACAGGACAUCGGAAAUGAACUCGAUGAACACAACGAGAUCAUCAGUGACAUCACACAGCUGGUCGACACCACAGACGGCCGCAUCCGCAACGAGACGCGCCGCGUACAACUGGUGGAGACCAAAUCAGCUUCCUGUGGUAUGUUGGUGGUGAUCGUGCUGCUGCUCAUUGCCAUUGUUGUUGUUGCCUCUUGGCCUACAUGAACUGAUGAUGGACACACACAGCUGUGAAACACACACACACACACACACACACACACACACACACACACACACACACACACACACACACACACACACAAACUCUAUUUAAUAUUUUGGCUGUGUAUUACAUUUUUUAAUGCAGUAGCGAAGUAAAUCACUGUUUCAAAGGGUAUGAAGGUAUAAAAGACACACACACACACACACACACACACACACACACACACACACACACACACACACACACACACACAAACACAGUGCUUUAGACUGUGUCAUUACUGUAAGCAUUUACUAAUCCCACAUUUAUAAUAAACAAACAUUUAACAAUUUG